CCUUCCCUACUUACCUCACAAGAAGCCAAACGGAAACCAAACAAAGGGAUUCAAGAUUUUAAGAACCAUAUCAAGCUUCUCCGAUUUUUCACUUCUCUCUGAGUCUUUUUGAGUCAAAAGUCUUCACCACCUCACCCUUAUCCUAAAACACAAAAUUCCCACCGAACUAAACCCUCCUCUCAACUAUAAGUACCCAUUACAAUUAUAUUUCUUCCCAAAACGUGACACUGCAAGCCAAACACUGCCCUCUCUUAUUUCUCUCUCUCUCUAAAAUAUUGUUAUCAAAACCCUAACUUGAUAGUAUCUUCCAUCACACAUGACACGAGGGCUGAGACUCCUCCAAUCCGCGGCGGCGCCACCGCCGGAGGCCGCCGCAGCCGUCGAGUCGGACUUCGUAGUGAUCCUGGCGGCGCUCCUCUGCGCCCUCAUAUGCGUGGUGGGCCUCGUUGCCAUCGCGCGCUGCGCCUGGCUCCGCCGGGGACCCGUCGCCGGCUCCGGCUCUGGUGCCGGAGAAUCGCCGGCGACGGCGAACAAGGGCCUCAAGAAGAAAGUGGUGAAUUCACUGCCGAAGUUCACCUACGCCGGCGGCGGCGACCGGUGCAAGUGGUCGGAGUGCGCGAUUUGCCUGACGGAGUUCGGCGCCGGCGACGAGAUCCGGGUGCUGCCGCAGUGCGGCCACGGGUUCCACGUGGCGUGUGUCGACACGUGGCUCGCGUCGCACUCCUCGUGUCCCUCGUGUCGCGCGCCGUUUGCCGUCACCGCGCGCUGCCAUAAGUGCGGCCAUUUUCCGGCGGUUUCCGCAGCCGCCGCAUCGGAGUCCAAGGCCGUCGGCGGCGACAAUGCUGCCGAUAGCACUGCGAAUGCGAAUCGUAAUAAUGUUAUUAUUACGAAUGGAUUUAGUAAUUACGGUUUCUUGCCUUGAAAGCUGUUUUAGUAAUUACGAGUUCGCAUGUAAGUAUAGAUAAAAUUAAGUGCUUCUUUCGUCAUAGUAUAGUGUUCCUCAUGUGUUAUGUAUUAGGAAUUUACGAGUACCCUCUUUCUUUUGUAAUUUGUAUAGAGUCAGCUUUUUGCGCGGCAUGGAUAAGAAAUUAAGAAUUGAUAGUAUAAUUAUGUAACAGUUUUUUUUUUUUUCCUUUUCUUUACUUUUUCUUAGAGAGGAAUUCUCUUUUCUCCUACUCCUUAUAAUUACAAGGGGAAAAAGAUAAUGUCACCAGGUUUUUAUCA